AUGUCUCAGUACAUAGGGAAGACAAUCUCCCUCAUUUCCAACAAGGGGUUGAGAUACGUUGGUUUAUUGGACAACAUCAAUGCCGACGAUGCAACGGUUGCCCUUAAAUCUGUGCGAAUGUUUGGCACUGAGGGACGUUUAGCCACCGUGGGGCAACCACAUUUGGAAGUCGGACCAGGUACCGACGUAUAUGACUAUGUGGUCUUUAGAGGCAGUGACGUUAAAGAUUUGUCGGUUUUGGAUAUCUCCAUUGACGAAGUCAAGCCGGUGAUUUACCACCAUCAGCAACAACAACCUCCUCCUCCUCCUACAGUUCCCCAAUUCCUGCCUCAGCAACAACACCAGCAACGCUCAGCUGGGUUCCAUCAGCAAGGCCCAACUCCCACGCAGCCUUAUCCUCCUCAAACUCAGCAGCAGCAGCAGCAGGCUCCUGCGCCACCACAGACGAGUGGCUAUGCUCAACAACAACAACCUCAAAGCGAGCCUAGACCGGGACAAGUUGCAAGUGUCUCGCAACCAGCUGAAACUGGUGCUCCUAGUGCACCUGGAUCUCACCAGCAGCAACAGCCAGUUUCACAACCUAGCAAAAGCACAACUGGACCAUCAACAAAGACCGACGAGAACAGUGUUGCUGACGCUCAGCCGGGCGAUUCACCCGUUGCCAGAGAACAAGCAGCACCAGUCGCGAAAGACGCUGCCAAGGACCACCAACCGGAGCCCGUGUCUAGACCACAGCCCGCAACCACGCAGGAGAAGAAACCAGCGUCAUCGAAAACCUCGACUUUGACCUCGACCUCGGCGUCGUUCAACGAAGAGUUUGAUUUCGAAAAGGCCAACGCUAGGUUCCUUAAGGAAGUGCAGCAACAAGAAGAAGAGGACGCUAGGCCUACUUAUAACAAACAAUCUUCAUUUUUCGAUACCAUUUCAUCUUCCACGGACGAGAGAAAUAAAAAUAGUGGUAAUAUGAGAUGGUCGGAGGAGAGAUAUUUGAACAUGGAUACUUUUGGCGAAAUGGGAACGAGAGGUGGACGAGGUGGACGUGGCGGACGUGGUGGACGUGGUGGACGCAGUGGUGGUAGGGGCAAUUGGAGAGGCGGAAGAGGUGGCGGUGGUAACUGGAGAGGUGGUGCUAGAAAAGAGUCCAAACCGGAAUCGGCCUGA